AUGAAACCCAAAAAAGAAGACAAAGAUCCCACCACCCCAGCCUCCACCUUCCUCCAGACAGAACUCUACCACACAGCCUCACAACCAGGCCUCCGCUCCCUCCCACCCAGUCCCUCCCGCGACUUCCUCACCCUAACCUGGGGUCCAAUAAUCUACCUAACGACCUACACUCCUUCCUCCUCCCACAAUCUCCUCUCCCGCUUCCUGCAAUCCCUCAACUCCGAAAUCCACCACGCCAUUCGGCGCGUCCUGCCGGGGAAUCCUUCCCAAACUCGACUUUUAGAAUCCAGCUACGCGGCGAAGGUCUUCAGCGGGGAGAAGCUGUAUGGGGAUAAGAGCGUCGAGGAGAUAAGACGGGUGUUUCAUGAUUGGAAGAGAGUGGAAUUGGCGUUGCCGGCGGUGGAGUUACCUGUGAGGUUGAGGGUGUGUUUGGUUGUUGAUAAGGGGGUUUUGGAGAGGUUUGGGAGGUUGGUUGAUGGGGAUGGGGAUGGGGAUGGGAGGGGAGGGGAUUGUUGUCCGGUUAUUAUGGUGGAGGAGAACUUUCCUGAUAUUAGGCGGAGGGAUUCGAAUCCGGCUGAUGAGGGGUUUCCGGGCUGGACGUGGGUGGCUUUAAGGGCGGUGGUGGAGGUGUACGAUGGGUUGAGGGGGGCUGGGGGGUUGAGGAAGUAUCAUCGUGAGGGGGAGGUGUAUUUGGGGGAUGGGAGGUGGGGGGAGUUGGGGUAG